AUGCGUCUGGCGAGGCUCGCGCAGAGUUUUCCGUUUAGCAAGAAUGCGGGGCCAAAGGGCUCGGACCAGCCGCCGGCCAAGACACCGGACGAACCCAAAACCAACAAAAACAUUUCGGACACCACUGAUCCACAACAGAAGUCGGGAGUGGGAGUGGACCAGGAGGAGGCCAAAAGGAAAGCCACCAAAGGAGAUCAUUCGAUUAACGAGCCACACAGGGCAGCAGCAGGAGGAGUAGAAGGCGCCGCAGAGCGGCAGCAGAUAACCAGCGAGUCCGACCUCGAACCGUAUACCAGCGGCGAGAAGAAGCACUCGCUGGCCGACACGAUCGGUGGCACAUCGGUGACAACGCCCAUAUCGCUGAAGACUCUGAUCAACGACGUGGACGAGGACUUGGAGCAGCAGCUGAGCGCCGCCGACAUAGCCGCCGCUUCCCUGGCCAGCGGUCUAGUGGCCCGUCGCGCCGAACCAGAGACCCUGAGUGACGCUAGUGUCUCACCCACCGCAGUAGUCCAGCAGCUGGGCUCCGCCACCAGCACAGCCCCCAGCCUGAUCCAGCCAGUGACGGUCUCCACGGCGACGACAGCAGUCGCUGUCUCAAGCAAUCUGCUCACUUCAGUGACCACCCCAUCCAGUCUGUACAGCAACACGAAUCCGAAUCCGAAUCCAAGUCAGAACCAGAACCCGAACCCGAACCCCAAUCAGAGCCAGGGCCAAAGCCAGAGCCAGACACAGCGCUGCAGCUGCCAGCCACAGACCUCACCACUGCCGCACAUCAAGGAGGAGGAGGAGUCCGAGCAGGCCAACUCCAAGCAGCUGUCCCUGAGCAGCCAGUGCUCAGAGACCCUACCGCCGAUACCAACCAUCGCCGGGGCGGGAUAUUGCGGCAGCUGUGAGAGUGUGCACCACUCGUCGGCCACCUCGUCGUCCACGGGACCGGCGACAGCAGCUGGAGGAUCUGGAUCGGUCAGUGCUGGCCAGGCCACCGAAUACGGCACAGCCUCAACUCCGUCGCCGCGCAUCAAGCUUAAGUUCCGCAAGCCGCACAAGUCCUGCUGGUCGCGCAUCGUCCUAGCACCCAUCGGCUCCACCGGCGGCAGCUCCUCAUCGGCCACCACCGUCAUUGGCAGCAACUCGAACGAGACCCUUGCCUCCAGCGGCGGCAGCACUGGCAACGCCACCAACACCCAAAACAGCAGCAGCGUCAGCGUUGCGGCCCAUCAUCGCCUGACCUCGACGUCGGCCUCCGCUCUAGCCUCCUCGCAUCCGAGCAACUCGCAGCUGCUGCCCACCAGCAAGAUGCAGGCCGAGCAGGGCUCCAUCGGGGACCUCCAGAAGUACCACAGUCGCUAUCUCAAGAACCGACGACACACCCUGGCCAAUGUUCGGUCAGAUUUGAUUGGGUUCUGAUUCAUCCUUUCUCUGCUGGGAAAUGCUCACGUGUUUAGUGACCCCGUACUACCAGUGCAUGGAGCCCUACAUGAUCUUUACCGCAUCAUUGUGGAUGCCAUGAAGGCGACUAAGGACCCCAGGACAUCCAAGACAUCGAGUUCUGGUCGGCCGUGUGCAAGGAGGAGAUCGAGCUGGCCAUC